CCUAAUUCUGGAAACAAAUCAUGAAAAAUGUUUCUUACCCACCUCUUCAGAGCUUCAAUUAAAAGGGAUAUGAGAAACUAAACUAAAACACAGAGCACACAAGGCCAAAUACAUGUGCCAAAUAUCCAAAAUGAAUCAUCAAAUGCCUAAGCAUAAGCAUCAAAUAGUUCCUAAUCCCAAACCUUGGGGUUCAAUCAGAAGCAGCUUGCAUUCCCUCAUUGCAGUUCUUGUGGCAACUCUUCUCGUUGCAACUGUUUAUCUUACCCAAGAAUAUGGUGUUCAGUUUUUAGAAGAUUGUACUGCUUCUACUACAGUGAAAACUUCUGAGGAUAGCUGCAAUUUGUUUUCAGGGAAAUGGGUAUUUGAUAACCAGUCUUAUCCUUUAUACAAGGGGUUACAGUGUACUUAUAUGUCUGACCAAUUGGCCUGUGAGAAGUUUGGGAGAAAAGACUUAAGCUUCCAGAACUGGAGAUGGCAACCCCAUCAAUGUGACCUCCCUAGGUUCAAUGCCACAGCGUUGCUUGAGAGGCUAAGGAACAAGAGGCUUGUGUAUGUUGGGGAUUCCUUGAAUCGAAAUCAAUGGGUUUCCAUGGUUUGCCUGAUAGAGUCAGCUGUUCCUCCAGAGCUCAAGUCCAUGUACACCAAUGGCUCCUUGACCACCUUCAAAGCAACUGAAUACAAUGCCACAAUUGAGUUCUAUUGGGCUCCAUUGCUAGUGGAAUCGAACUCAGAUCACCCGAUGAAUCACCGGUUACCGGAACGGAUUGUUAGGGUUCAGGCAAUUGAAAAGCAUGCUAGACAUUGGACUGAUGCAGACUUUCUUGUUUUCAAUUCCUAUCUUUGGUGGAGAAGGUCCAUGAUGAGUGUCUUGUGGGGAUCUUUUGAAAGCUCUGAUGGAAUUUACAGAGAGGUUGGGAUGCCUAGAGUGUAUGAAAUGGCUCUAAAGACUUGGUCGGAUUGGUUGGAGGUCCAUGUUAAUCCAAACAAGACCAAGUUGUUCUUUGUUAGCAUGUCACCUACUCACCAAAGCGCUGAAGAAUGGGGUGUGACUACUGGCGAGAAUUGCUACGGAGAAACUGAACCGAUUAAGGAGGAGGGCUACAAGGGAAAUGCAUCGGAUCCAAAAAUGAUGCGUGUUGUUGAGAAUGUACUUGGGGAGCUGAAAACAAGAGGUUUGGAUGUGCAAAUACUCAAUAUAACGCAACUCUCAGAGUACAGAAAAGAAGGUCAUCCAUCAAUUUAUAGGAAGCAGUGGGAUGCUCUAACAGAAAAGCAAUUAGCAAAACCUAGCAGUUUUGCAGAUUGUAUACAUUGGUGCCUCCCUGGAGUGCCAGACGUUUGGAAUGAGCUCCUCUAUGCUUACAUUUUUCAAAUGACAGGAUGACAACUUCCAUUUGGAAAUGAAUUUCCAAAAAACAAGUUUGUUUGUAUUUAGUCGGAACUCGUAAGAUUAACCAGACUUUUCAAUGAAUAUAUUGAACGGUUUAGGUUU